GGAAAUGGUAACGCUAAAAGCUAAUGGGGAAGAAGAGGUCGAGAAGUAGGAAUGGAUGCAUCUUCGAUGGGUCACCAAGUCCAGAAGCCUGGCAAAGGGGCAAAAAUGUGUCACUUCCUACGACUCCGAGUAGCCUGAAAGAGCUGAAUCACUGGAACAGCUGAUGGGGGCACCGCUUCCCUCUCGGGCAGAAAAGCAGAUUAAGUGGAUGACAUGCCGCUCCUCUCUCCCCAUGCCCGUCCCAAUGAGCCGAGGGCUCCUGUUACUAAAAUGCUGCCUGCAAUGGAAAAUUCUUUGCUUUUGUUUUCCUUGACAUACCACACGCUGGCAGAUGCUCUUCUAAUAGGCUUCUGGCCGCCGGGCUCUGGGCGUGAGCAUCCCUUCUUGGCAACUCCAAGAAAUCAGUGUGUGGGAGAACAGAAGCGCUGGAGGGACCGGAUAACCCCCUCCCAGCAGCUGUCUGAAGAGGGAUUGAGAGCUCGGAGCACGCGAAGAUUCUGGAGCCUUUUCUCCGACACCUGUGGUCCAAUUCAGAAGCAGGAGCUCCAGUUCCCUGCCUCCCCUCAUCUACACAAUGGCUUCACCUCCCACCGGAAGGGGGAGGAACGCCUACUAAACACGUGCCAAGUGCCAGGCACCGCGCGGAAUGCUGGGAAUUCAAAUCGAAAUAAAGAGAGAGAGCCUCUGCCCUCAGGGAGCUGCCCUUCUAAAGGCAUCCAAAAAGAAGUUGAAAGGGAGGAAGAGAAGGUAAAUACCAGAGAUGUGUGUAUGGGAGGACAUUAAUAAUUGAGGAGAUGGCACUAGAGUUGAGCCCUGGAUCUUCUGAAAAGCAUUUGGGAGCAGGUGGAGUAACGUAGCUGGUAAUACAUAAAGUAAUUGCUCUGUGACUCAGUUUCCUCAAUAGUAAAAUGAAGGGAUUGGACUUGAUGGCCUCUAAGGUCCAAAUCUAAGGUCCUAUGGUUCUUUUUUUCUAGUUCUACUCAGUCUUAGUCUUCCUUGGAAUAACCCAAUGGAGCCAAAAUUGUCAUUGUAAUUGGGAGUAGAGGACCAUUGGGAGAGUGGGAGACCACUCAUGGUUUGGGUCACACUAAAGAAAAUCUCAAGUGACAACACAGAGAGCAGAGCCAGGAGUACUCCCGGAGAAGCUGACUAGUGGUCCAUUAAGCUUGGGAGUUCUUGGCUGCAGGAAGCCUAAAGCCAGUUGGGAGUCCUUAUUAAGUCCAGCCCCAAAACUGUGAGCCCCAAACUGCCCAAGGGAGGACAGACUAGCCCAGGUCAGAAACGGCAGCUCCAGGUUUCCAUGCCAAUCAGCAGUGAAGACUAUGUGUGGCCACCACACACUUCCCACCUGGGGAAGGGAGACAGACCUGGUCUCCAUCCACAAAUAAAUAAAUGAAGGGAAGAUAAAUGCUGGCUAUAACAAAAUGAUAGAGAAGAAAGAACCUACUUCUAUUUCCAUUCUAAGCGUCCAGCAUGGAGGCUUUGGGGAAAGUGAGCAGAUCAGACCCACAUUGAGAUUUUAAAUAAUAAUUCAAGGAUGACCAACUAGAUUAUUGUUUUUAAAAGGGCAGUAAAAGUGCAGUUGUUUAAAGGGAAUAAAUAUACUCCACUUGCUACAUCCUGGUAAAGACUCAUCCAAAUGGGUCAGAAAUUCCUCCCUCCAACCCAAUGACCUUUAAUUAUUUGUAGAAUACCAUUCAAUAAAAACACACAAACACCAAAAAAUACAACAAUUGCAACUUUUAAUAAAUGGAACCACAAUUUGCCAUUUCAGAAACAAUUUUAAGGGAAAAGCAUUCUCCCUAUAAAAAUAAAAUUAAACUUGUCAAAAUUAUAAAUAGCAUAACUUUAAAAAAUGUUUUUACUUUUACAAUUUAAAAUGCUUCCCUGCAUUACCACCACCGUAUUUUAACUCUUUCCUGUACCAUCACAAACUGAAUAUCAAUAACACUUCAGCAAAGCUUAGGUCAUUUAACACAGUCAUUUGUAAAAAAUAAACUCAGAACAUUUCUUUGGCUAGAUCUGACAAAAAAAAAAUUUCUCUCUUUUUCUUUAAACAUUUAAAAGCUGCUGCAGUUAAGUAACCAGUGUUGGAAGGGGACAGGGACCAGGGGCCACAGCGAAAAUCAGUCUUUUUAGAAACUUCUGCAAAUUUCGGCACACGAAGCUUUCCAAAUCAUGACUUAUAGUGCAUAGAAGAAGACGACUGAGGUUUCUGGAUAAUAUGAAAUGGGGAUGCCUAUUUUACAGACGAUCUACUUCAAGUAAAAAAGAAUUCACAGAUACCCACUGUUAGAUCCUAAGAGCAUUCAGAUAUGAAAAGUCAAAGCUGCAGCAAUAGAAACUCCUCAUCAAACUGGGACAGGGUAGUCAAACUUCAGGUGGUGGUUGCUAAGAGAAUAUUCAAACCCAGGAUUGGUUUGAAGGAUAAAAAGAAAAAUAACAGCAUUCCCUGAACAGUAAAGUGUCUGAUGAUAAUGGCACUUAAGACCUCAAACAUGCACUACACAGGUUCAUGCAAACUAAAAAGACAAGGAGUGUCUUUUUUUUAAUAUUGAGUAUAUUUUUAUAUCAAGUUCUACUCUGAAAAAACUCUCCCUUAACAGUUUCAGAAGAUACGAUUGUCUCAGGAACUUGGGGAGGUAACCGACGAAUGGUCGGGACAAAAUGAUUGUUCUUCAUCAAGUCAGCCCCCAAAUCUGGAAAUGAGAAGAGGAAGCCACAAAAAGGCACAGUUUGCAGAUUAAAAGGCACAGGACCGAACCACCUUGGAGUUUCGCAAAGAAGCCAUUAGG